GGCUACGGCGGUUAGCGGAGACGGUGAUAGAGGGUCCUCGAGGUGGGGAAUGGAGGGAUGGAAGCCAGACAUUUACAUUCAUUUGUUCAUUAUUUACUGAAAACCUGCAAUGGACAAACUCACUUAACACCAAGUAUACAGCAGUAUAUGAACCUCCCUUAAGAAACAUACAGCCAACAGAAGAGACAGGCUGCUGAGAUGAGUCUGAACCGGACUGCCAAGAGCUUUCUUGCUUUAAGCCAACAGCAAGAAUUAGAUGACCUGCCAAAAGAUGACACCUUGAGUACCAAUGAAGAUGAGAGGGAUAGUGAUGAAGAAAGAAAGCACCAGAAGCUUCUGGAAGCAAUCAGAACCCUUGAUGGGAAGACAAGGCCGAAUUUGGUCCAGAGAUCUGAGGCUAGUUUGGAGGUAUCAGAGUUCAGUAUCAGUUCUAAUGGGUCAGGAGAAAAACUAGUCAUUUCCGAUCUACUUGACCCCAUUAAAAUGUCAUCCUCACUGGCUACUGUUAAAAAACAACUCAAGAGAGUCAACUCAAAAAAGAUUGUUGAGUUACCUCUUAACAAAGAAGAGCUUGAACAAAUCCACAGAGAAGUGGCAUUCAAUAAAACCUCCCAAGCCCUUUCCAGAUGGGAUCCCAUUGUUCUGAAGAACCGGCAAGCAGAGCAGCUGGUUUUUCCCAUGAAUAAGGAAUCAUCAGCCUUUGCUCCUAUUGAACAUGUGCUCAGUGGCUGGAAGGCAGAAACUCCACUGGAGCAAGAAAUUUUUAGUCUGCUAUGUAAGAAAAAGCAACCAGUGACAGAUCCUUUACUAACUCCCAAGGAAAAGGCCUCUCUCAAAGCCAUGAACCUGGAAGAGGUUAAGUUGUACAGAGCAGAACUUCAGAAGGCCCGGGCUCUGCAGUCCUAUUAUGAGGCCAGGGCUCGAAGAGAAAAAAAAAUCAAAAGCAAAAAGCACCAUAAAAUGCUGAAGAUAGGGAAGGGUAGGAAAACCCUGAAUGAGAUUGAGAUGCUACAGAAAGUCAGUCCUGCUGCAGCAUUGGAAGAACUGGAAAAAAUCAAAACAGCCAGAAUGAUGGAGCGAAUGAACCUUAAGCACCAAAGUAGCGGGAAGUGGGCAAAGUCAAAAAAAAUCAUGGCCAAAUUUGACCUGGAGGUUCGCCAGGCUAUGCAGGUGCAGUUGGCCAAGAACAAAGAACUGGCACAGAAAUUCCAGGUAGCCUCAGAAAAUGAGGAAGUAGAGGAAGGAAGUGUGGAGGAAGCAGGUGAGCACCUUUUUCCUGAUACAGUGAAUGAGAUACAGAUGAAUGGAGUGGGUCAGAACCCCUGGAUACUUGGGAGACCAAUGGGUGAUGCAUAUGAGAAUGAAAUCCAGAAGGACCCUAAACAGCUUUCAGAACCUUUGGUACAGGAGGCCUCUGAAAGAGAGAAAGAAGAAAGAUCAGUGGCAGAAGAAGAAAUUUCAUUGCAAGGAUUUGAAGAAAAUCAAUUGUUCUGGCAAAAGUCUAGACCUAGCCAGGACAGUGAACCAAUGGUCAUUCAAAAAGCAAAAUAUUCUAGCUGUCAAGAGGUACUGUGUGAAUUGAGGGCAGAAUCUCAGAAACUAAGCAUGGAAAAUGAUUCCAGAAAGCAAAAAGUGAGUUUAGGGAAAGCAGUUGUACUGGUUCAGAGUGACUCACUAAUCAAGAAAGAAAAGGAACCUCUAUUGCUACAGAGUAUGGAGAGAGCACCAACUCAGGAAGAACUAGACGAACUGGGUAAAGAGGAGCGUUGUCAAAAUAAGGAGCUUCCCAGCUUGGAGUCAAAAGGGCAGCAGUUAAUGAGGAAGCCAAGAAAUCAUCCUGAUGCCCCUAUGAAGAAGACUAAAGAACAAAUGAUUGAUCUGCAGAACCUCCUAACUACAAAAUCUCCUUCUUUGAAUUCUUUGGCUGUUCCCACAAUAGAAGAAUUGGAAGAUAAAAAAGAGAGAGCCCAAAAGCAGGUGAUAAAGGAAGCUUUUGCUGGGGAUGAUGUCAUUAGAGACUUCCUGGAAGAGAAAAGAGAAGCUGUGGAGACAAGUAAGCCAAAGGACUUGGACCUGAUUCUGCCUGGCUGGGGUGAGUGGGAUGGUGCAGGCCUAAAGCCCAGUGCCAAGAAGAGACGUCGGUUUCACAUUAAAGUCCAUGAAGGUCCUCCAAGGAAAGACAAAAACUUAGCAAAUGUGAUUAUCACUGAGAAGCGAAACAUCCAUAUGGCAGCUCAUCAGGUACAAAUGCUUCCAUAUCCAUUCACCCACUAUCAGCAAUUUGAAAGAACCAUCCAGACCCCUGUAGGAUCUACAUGGAACACCCAGAGAGCCUUCCAAAAGCUGACUACACCCAAGGUCAUCACCAAGCCAGGCCAUGUCAUCAAGCCCAUGAAAGCAGAGGACGUAGGAUACCGGUCUUCCUCAAGAUUAGAUCUCUCUGUCAUACAGAGGAAGCCAGUAGGACGUAGCUUAUGCCACAAAAAACAACUGAAGAAAAAAUCUAUACAUUAAAUUGCUGGACGGGUGAUAUCUUCAUGCUGGAACCAACUAAGCAAGUUGUGCUAGUUGGAGUUCAUUGCAGUGCUCACCAGACAUUACACUUCUUGACCAUGACAUUUGCAAGUCUAUUUUUUUAAGUUAUUAUAACUUAAAAGUUAAUAGCUUAAAAGUGAAGUUGGCAUACCUGUCAGCAGUACCCUCUGCUAUUGCUUGCUGCAGUGCCAGGUCACAGAUAGUAGAGCUGCCAGAAUUGCACUCAACAAUUUGAACACCAGGGAAUUGAACGCAUGACCACAAGUUUGCAGAGUAGGUGCUCUAAGCCAUGUCAUUCCUUCAGACUCUCAAGUGGACUGGGUAUAAUUCAGCAGUAAAGUACUCGCCUUUCAUGGAUAAACCUGUGUUUGAUCCCUGGCAUGCAAACUUUUAGUGCACUUAUUAUUGACAUGCUCUACAAUUUUAUGUGAUCCUUGAACUGUAUAUCUUGUGUAAUUCAAGAAAUGUAUAAUUCGGAAAUUGUGUUUUUCUAAGUUUGCAACAGCUUUUGUAGUACCUUGAAUGUUUUUCAACACUAGGUAUCAAACUCAGCUAUUCACACAUGGUGUAAG